GGAAUAAGAAAAGAAGUUGAUUUUGUGUGUGAAGUAAGCUAACUUCUGCUUUGUAAAUGCUUUUGUGGGUUGAUAGCAAAGGCUUUCAGGAAAAGCAUUUUCCCCCCGCCCUUCUCUCUGCUGGCUCGUUUGAACUUUUGGAGAUGAUAUCUUCAAAACCGUUGCCUUUUUAAUUUUUUUUUUAUUAUUUUAACUUCAGUUUCUUCUCAUUUAUUUCUUUCACGCCUCCCCCAAUCCAUUCUCAUCCACUACAACUGUGCCAACAGUGAGAUUCUGUUAUCUUUUGUCAUCAUGGAACUUGAAGGAAGCUUAAAAAUUUUAGGAACCAUGUUUUGAUUUGGUGUUAUGUUGGGGAAGCUACAUCUAUAUAACAUCCAUUACUGGAUUGCUAUUUUUGAGGCUUGUACACUUGAUUCUGCUUUGGACUUCUGCAAGUACAUCUUUUGAGUUCAUGGCUGUUUGAGAUAUUCAAGUCCACAGAGCAUGAACUCUCCAUCAGCCCAUUUUGUCCCCGCCAGAAGGAUAGCAGUCUAUGACCCUAUCCAGCAGAUUAGCAUGUGGGGAGAAAACUUCAAAAGCAACAGUAAUCUAAACACAUCCGCAUCCUUGAUUGUGGAGGACGUGAAACUUGAUAAUCAGUCAGAGGAUGCUUCACAUGGUACAGUGGGACCUUCUGACCAAUAUGACCAAGAAGCAACUAAUAAACCUGCUGAUAAGGUACAAAGACGUCUUGCCCAAAACCGGGAGGCUGCUCGUAAAAGCCGUUUGCGUAAAAAGGCCUAUGUUCAGCAGUUGGAAACAAGUCGUUUGAAGCUGAUUCAAAUAGAGCAAGAGCUUGACCGUGCCCGGCAGCAGGGCUUAUACAUGGGUGGUGGUUUAGAUGCUAGUCAGCUGGGGUUCUCUGCAACUGUAAACUCAGGGGUUGCUACAUUUGAGAUGGAGUAUGGACACUGGGUGGAAGAACAAAAUAGACAGACCUGUGAUUUGAGGAAUGCUUUGAAUGCACAUAUAGGGGAUACAGAACUUCAAAUGCUGGUAACUGAUGGCUUGUCGCACUAUUUUCAACUUUUCCGCAUCAAAGCAACAGCGACAAAAGCUGAUGUCUUCUAUGUGAUGUCUGGCAUGUGGAAAACAUCAGCUGAGCGUUUUUUCUUGUGGAUCGGAGGGUUUCGCCCUUCAGAACUUCUCAAGGUACUUGUGCCUCAGAUUGACCCCAUGACAGAACACCAAGUUUUUGAAGUUACUAAUCUUAGACAAUCAUGUGAGCAAGCUGAGGACGCUCUUACGCAAGGUAUGGAUAAACUCCAGGAAACUCUGGCCAAGACUGUAGCAUCUAGUCAACUGGUUGAAGAAAACUACAUUCCGCAGAUGGGUACUGCGGUGGAGAAGUUGGAAGCUCUAGUGAACUUUGUGAGUGAGGCUGACCAUAUUCGGCAAGAAGCCCUGCAUCAGAUGGCUCGCAUCCUGACUACCCGCCAGGCAGCUCGAGGUCUGCUUGCUUUGGGAGAAUACUUCCAACGCCUUCGAGCGUUGAGCACUGUUUGGGCAACCCGCCCUCGUGAGCCUGCUUAGUGUUACCAUGUAAGAGGCUACAAGCUCAAAAUCUAAAUGAUGUUUAUCACAACCAGCAUCAUACCACGGCCACCAGAGGGGCACUUUAGUAAUGCUGUUAUGAAGAUAUGUAGACACGAUCCCAUUUGCUGACAUUUUUCAAUCAGCCUCCCGCCCCUGAGAACUUGUAUAUAUACUAUCAGCCAUUUUAUCUGAGAGAAAAUCUGUAGUUAAGGUAAUUUUUAGUGCUUGUACAUUAUCUUGUCUUAAAAGUUCAUAUAUUUCAGAUUUAAAUUUUAAGUUCACAGUUGGAACUAUGUCA